CCUCGUCUGACAGCCGCGGCACCGGACCAAUGUGAAGGCUGUCAGCCUUAAAUCCGCCUCCUUCUCCGCCCUCCCCGCUGGUUACAUCUCGUCGGAUUGACUGAGGCAGCUGCCAAUGUGUUGUCCAUCUUCGUGAAGUAGAGACAUAACCGAAAGCAUGCCGCUGGCUCGCAGCCUCUCUGUCACGUCCCUCUCCGGGAUGGAGGAUUGGGACGAGGAGUUUGAUUUGGAGGACGCUGUUCUUUUUGAAAUCGCAUGGGAGGUCGCUAACAAAGUUGGAGGCAUUUACACCGUCAUCCAGACCAAAGCCCGUCUGACCGCAGAGGAAUGGGGGGAGAACUAUUUCCUGGUGGGCCCUUACGUGGAGAGCAACGUGCGCACUCAGGUGGAGCUGAUCGAGCCCACCAACCCCGUGCUGAAGAGAACCAUUGACAAGAUGAACUCCAGUGGGUGUAAGGUCUACUUUGGGCGCUGGCUCAUCGAGGGCAGUCCCUACGUUGUUCUGAUCGACAUCGCGUUUACCGCCUGGUCCCUCGACAGCUGGAAGAGGGAACUGUGGGACCUGUGUGACAUCGGCGUACCGUGGUUCGACCGCGAGGCCAACGACGCCGUGCUGUUUGGCUUCCUGACCGCCUGGCUUCUGGGAGAGUAUGCGGCCCAGAGCGAGGAGCCCCCGCACAUCGUGGCCCAUUUCCACGAGUGGCUGGCUGGCCUGGGCUUAGUGUUGUGCAGACACAGGCAGCUGCCCGUCGCAACCAUCUUCACCACUCAUGCCACGCUGCUGGGACGAUACCUGUGUGCCGGGAGUGUGGACUUCUACAACAAACUCUCAGAGUUCAACCUGGACAAGGAAGCAGGCGACAGACAGAUUUACCACCGCUACUGUUUGGAGCGGGCGGCGGCCCACUGCGCUCACGUCUUCACCACAGUGUCACAGAUCACGGCCAUCGAGGCGGAGCACCUGCUCAAGAGGGCACCAGACAUCGUCACUCCCAAUGGGCUCAACGUGAAGAAGUUCUCCGCCGUGCACGAGUUUCAAAACCUCCACGCCCAGAGCAAGAAUCGCAUUCAGGAGUUUGUCCGGGGACACUUCUACGGGCACCUCGACUUCAACCUGGACAAGUGUUUGUUCCUCUUCAUUGCUGGAAGGUACGAGUUCUCCAACAAAGGAGCCGACAUCUUCUUGGAAGCUUUAGCCAGACUCAACUAUCUUCUGAGGGUCAAUCACAGUGACGUGACCGUGAUCGCGUUCUUCAUCAUGCCAGCUCGGACAAACAACUUCAACGUGGAGACCUUGAAGGGCCAAGCGGUCAGGAAACAACUCUGGGACACCGCUCAGACCGUGAAGGAACGUUUCGGAAAGAAACUUUAUGAAUCACUUCUAGUUGGGCAGCUGCCAGACGUGUCCAAGAUCCUGGACAAAGAAGAUUUGACAAUAAUGAAACGCGCCAUCUUCGCGACCCAGAGGCAGUGCCAGCCUCCAAUCUGCACCCACAACAUGCUGGAGGACAGCAGCGACCCCAUCCUCAACUGCGUCCGCCGCAUCGGCCUCUUCAACAGCUCCGCUGACCGCGUCAAGAUCAUCUUCCAUCCGGAGUUCCUCUCGUCCACCUCUCCUCUACUUCCAAUGGAUUACGAGGAGUUUGUAAGAGGCUGCCACCUUGGCGUCUUCCCCUCUUACUACGAGCCGUGGGGCUACACGCCUGCUGAGUGCACAGUCAUGGGAAUUCCAUCAAUCUCCACUAACCUGUCGGGCUUUGGCUGUUUCAUGGAAGAGCACAUAGCAGACCCCUCCGCAUACGGCAUCUACAUCCUGGACCGCCGGUAUCGGGGGGUCGACGAGUCGUGUAAUCAGCUCACGUCCUUCCUGUUCCAGUUUUGCAAGCAGAGCCGGCGCCAGCGGAUCAUCCAGAGGAACCGGACGGAGCGUCUGAGCGAUCUUUUGGACUGGAGAUAUCUCGGCAGGUAUUAUAUAUCUGCCCGUCACAUGGCUCUGGCCAAAGCCUUCCCUGCUGAUUACAUGUAUGAACUUCAUGAGCCCUCCUCAACCUCAGGUUUCCGUUACCCUCGACCAGCCUCUGUGCCUCCCUCUCCAGCUCUGUCCCGCCAUUCCUCCCCCCGUCACAGCGAGGGUGAGGACAACGACGAAGAGCGCUACGACGAGGACCUGGAGGCAGAAAAGGACCGGGUAAACAUCCGCCAGCCCACCGCUCUGCCAUUCAAAAAUAAGUCUUCAGUUGUCCUGGGGGCCAAUGGAAAUGGCGGUUUUGUGAAAAACUGAGAAAUGCGUAGAUUUAUAUAUACAUAGAGUACUGCUGAACCUCACUAGUGAAACUGUGGCAAUUGUUUAAGUCAUCUUUGUACUAUAUAGCUGUGUGAAUGAGUCACGUUUAAGAUCUGCCUGUUGUGAAAUUUGCCUCACUGUCGGUGUCUUCCAAACCUGUUUGUACCUCAGAAUUUUAUGAAAGUAGCGGUCUGUUUGAUAUAUUUUUCUGGUAUUGUUUCAGUUACACCAGCAGUGCAGCAGCUAGAAAGGGCUAAAUGACAGCUCAACAUUGAACACGAAAAACAAUGGCUGAAUUUUGUAGCGUUAACACUUGACAACAUACUGUGGGUCUAAAACAAUAAAAGAGGAUUAUUUAGAGUAGGUAGGGAGUGUUUUUUAAUACAGACGUGGGUCAGAGCAGGGAUAGAAAAUGUCAGAGGUUAAUCUGGACUAAUUCAAAGCUAAUUUUCAUGUAUUAAGACUCGUGUGAAGACUGUCCUUUUGCUUAGAGAACCCACAGAGAGCGCCGGUUCUUUACUCGCGUUUGGCCUAAAACUGUGAUGGCGACAAUGCAGCGCUUCCAAAAGAACUUUCCGCCUUGUAGCAUCUUUCUUUCUUUCAAAGGCCUUGAUCACGACACAACUUCUCAGAAUGGAAACGUCAUCAGAAACAAAUGGCAUCAGAAACCCCCCCCCCCCCCCCCCUGAAACCUUUUUUUUUUUUUUUCUCAUUCUGAGAAUAGUGUUUGGUAUUUAAUGUUUGUUCUGCACAUUAUUGUAUCGCAGCCCUUCAGUGGCAAUCACCGAUUCACAAACCUCACACUCUUAAUCUGUUUGUGGGUUAUUCCUCGGUUGCCUGUUUUCAACAAGUAUUAUAAUAGAGGUGUGGCGGACGGAGGGAAAAGAGGAAUGAGGUGCUAACAAUGUUUUUGGGGGAAAAGGACGUAAGAGAUGUCUGGCAAUGGCCAGGACUCGCCCAUGGACUUGUUUGUAGAAGAAGAGGAAAAUGGUUGUACCAAUGCGCAUACGCCCCCCUCUGUGAGAGUUUUAUCAUCUGUUACAAUCUUACAUCAGAUUAACUAAUAAAGCUAAAUAUGUGUAUAUAGCCACUGGUGUUUUACAAAUGGUCGCUUUCACUGCUCUUUGUGUGCAUACAGUUUAUUGGAACAAACAUAUUCAAGGUUUUCAAGUUUUCAGUAACGUAAUGAUCCGGUGACGCCAUCCACACCGAUUCAUCUGGAUCUUAUUGCUUCGUCGUAGUGAAUCCUGCAGAGCGCUCAUCUGUUUCAGCACAAGUAAACUCGACCCCCGUGACCUUUGCAAGCUGAAAAAAAUAUAUAUUUACAAAGAGUCACAGCAAAAUUGCCAACAUUUUACUUAUUCGCACAUACUCAAGACAUUUUUUUUUUUUUUUUUACUCCAAUGAAUUAAUCUCAGUGUUUCAAAUUAAGAUUUCUUUAGCAAAACAAGUGAUGCAUCACAUUGUUAAAAAUAAAACCCUUCUUGCAUGAAGUCUCUCCUCGAGGUCAGUUAAUAACACUUAUGUACUUUUGAAUGCACGCCCCUUCUAACGGGGGAGGGGGGGGAUUCUUCAGAGUGGGUCCUUUCACUCCAGUAAAGGACUCACCUAGCAAACUAUUCCAGAAGGAGUUGUACGUUGCACUGCCGGUUACAGCUCCGAGCUCGGCCGGAUUCCUCCUCACCGUGUGCACCGAAAAGCCAUUUGUCCCGGUCACCUCCACCUCCACCACGUGAUGGUCACGCAACCUGCGGCGCCCAGAGGUGUGAACGGUGUGAUUCGAAA